AUGGCCACUUGCUCCCUGGAAGCGCGCCUCAAGCGUGUUUCCAUCAACGACGAGACUGAUCCUGCUGGUGGAAGACAACCACAUGUCAGGUCCAAGAAUGUUGUCUCCUCGAAUCCACAAUUAUCGCAUAAUCCCACAUACAGUGAGAAUGAUCCUAACAAUGAAAAGAAGACAUUCUUAAACCCAAAGGUCAUAACAUCUCCUAGCAAGCACCUGGUACAGAACUCCAGCCGAUCACACUUGCUUAAAAUCGCAUUGGUCUCUUCCCAAGCUUUACGACAGUCGAGUUCGAUCGUGCCGGUCGGAUCAGUGCUCCCAAAGCCUCCCUGUGGAUCAUCGAGGGGAUCGGAAGCCGUUGCCGAAGUCGAACAAAUACAAGUCUCCAUACCUCAGCGACUUAUACCCUCAAAGAUAUUCCACCUUGGAAUGUUCGAAAUUGGUCGGCCAUUGGGGAAAGGGAAGUUCGGGCGCGUGUAUCUGGCGAGAGAACGCGAAAGCGGAUUUGUUUGUGCACUCAAAGUCCUGCACAAGAACGAGAUAACACAAGGCCGCGUUGAGAAACAAGUCCAACGGGAGAUUGAAAUUCAAAGCAACCUCCGACAUCCGAACAUCCUUCAGCUCUAUGGCCACUUCCACGACAGUAAAAGAAUAUUCUUGAUACUUGAGUUUGCUGGGCAGGGAGAGCUAUAUAAACAUCUGCGACGCGAAACUCGAUUUCCGGAAUGGAAAGCUGCACAAUACAUUGCCCAGAUGGCUGCAGCAUUACAGUUCUUGCACAAAAAACACGUCAUCCAUCGAGAUAUAAAACCAGAGAACAUUCUUCUUGGGAUCCAUGGCGAGCUAAAGAUCGCAGACUUCGGGUGGAGUGUACAUGCGCCAGGUGACCGAAGAAAGACCCAAUGCGGAACUCUAGACUACUUGCCCCCCGAGAUCGUCAACUGCACCUCUUACAACAACAAGGUCGACUUGUGGAGUCUGGGGGUCUUGAUGUAUGAAUUCUUAGUUGGGGAGGCGCCAUUUGAGGACUCGCAGGUUCUCACGUACAAAAGAAUUGUCCGUUGUGACAUGACCAUUCCGAGUUACGUAUCUCCAGAAGCCAAAGAUUUGAUCAAAAGUCUCCUUGUUGUCGAACCAGAGAAGCGGCUACCGCUCGACCAGGUCCAAAAGCAUCCGUGGAUCAUCAAACACUGUGUUAAUGCGGACCGACCCAACAUAACGUCCAAGAGAGAAACGAAAUCAACAAGUGGUAUUCGUCGCUCUCGGACUAGCGUGCACAACUAG